AUGUUCGUCUUGGUCUUCUUGGCGAUCCUGGUCGCAGUGACAACGUUGUAUUUCCGCAGGCUGUACUCUUCCUUCAGCCGCCAUGGCAUCAAGCACAUAAAGCCUAUACCACUUUUCGGUAGUAUGCUUAACAUAAUCUUACGCAGAGAACAUGUGAGUGACCAGUUUUCAAGGCUUUACAACGAAUUCCCCGAGGAAAGAUUCGUGGGAAGAUAUGAAUUCACGAGGGAACUAAUUGUAGUUCGUGACCUCGAGCUGAUUAAGAAGAUAACUGUGAAAGAUUUCGAGCACUUCAUCGACCACCGCUUCGAGUUUGGCAACAGCGAGUCCUACAGCUCCAGGACCUUGCUGUCUCUAAGAGGUCAAGAAUGGAAGGAUAUGCGCUCCACGUUAAGUCCGGCUUUCACGAGCUCCAAAAUGCGUCUGAUGGUGCCCUUCAUGGUGGAGGUCGGAGAGCAAAUGAUGCAUUCACUUCAUAGACUUAUAAAACAAUCUAAGGAUGGCUCCGUAGACUUAGAAUGCAAAGACCUGACCGGUCGCUAUGCUAACGAUGUGAUUGCCUCCUGUGCUUUUGGUCUGAAGGUGGAUUCCCACAAUGACAAAAAUAACAGCUUCUACGAACUGGGAAAAGAGAUGUCCUCGAUAAAUUUCCGCCAGACACUCGCCAUUUUUAUACUUAGUAACGCACCAAUGUUAGCUGAGUACUUGAAGUUGGAUAUCCUCUGCGAAGCAUCAAGAAAUGCAUUUAGAUCGUUGGUCUUGGAUGCAAUGCGGAACCGAGAGUUGAAGAAUAUUAUCAGACCCGACAUGAUUCACUUGUUAAUGGAAGCCAAAAAAGGCAAAUUGACGCAUGAAGAUGUAAAUCCCGAUGAUGGGGCUGUUGGAUUUGCUACUGUUACGGAAUCAGCUGUAGGAAAGAAAGCAGUCAACAGAGAUUGGAGUGACAAUGAUCUCGUUGCCCAAGCAGUUGUAUUCUUCGUAGCCGGAUUUGAGACCGUUUCAUCAACAACGUCAUUCCUAUUGCACGAGCUUGCUUUGCACCCUGACGUACAGGAGCGGCUGGCGCAGGAGAUCAAGGAGACUGACGCUAAGAACGGCGGCAAGUUCGACUUCAACUCUAUACAGAACAUGGUCUACAUGGAUAUGGUGGUGUCAGAAAUCCUUCGAAUUUGGCCACCUGCAACUUUCCUCGAUAGACUUUGCCAAAAAGAUUAUAAUUUAGGCAAGCCGAACCCGAAAGCGGAGAAAGAUUAUAUUGUCCGCAAAGGUACUGGUGUCUUGAUACCAGUUUAUAGUAUCCACCAUGACCCAAAGUACUUCCCCAAUCCAGAAAAGUUCGACCCUGAGCGCUUCUCGGCAGAAAACAGGCACACAAUCAAUCCACUUACGUAUAUGCCUUUUGGUAUUGGUCCUAGGAAUUGCAUUGGAUCAAGAUUUGCGCUGUGUGAGGUUAAGGUGAUGAUAUACCAGAUCCUCAGAGAAAUGGAAGUAUCCCCUUGUGAGAAGACCUGCAUACCGGCGAAGCUGUCCAACGAAUCUUUCAAUCUCAAGCUAGAAGGAGGACACUGGGUCAAGUUCAGGCCGAGGACUUAG